AUGCCAAUUGCGUUCGACGAAUACUACAUCAAGUAUGAAACUGGAGCUGGUACUAGAGAAAAUUUGCUGCCGGAGAACGACGAAAACGACGACAACGCAGCAGCAAAUAUUGGAGAAGCUCACGAAACACGAUUUCCGAAUCACGUUUCGCCUUCGAGGGCUCCCCCGAUUCAGCUGCUGAGUAAUGGUGCAACUGUAACCACUGCAAAAAUCUUUAUGCAGUUGCUUUGGACACUUCAGGACGACAAGGGAGAAAAAAUCGAUUGGGAUCAUCCAUUGCCUUCGACGGUGGGUGAGAUCUGGUGCCAAUAUUAUGCGAAACUACCUCUGUUGAACGAGAUAAAGGUUGAUCGUUGCGUCAUUUUACCGGAAGCAGUUCGUAUGGAGCUGCAUUGUUUCUCCGAUGCAUCUGAAAAGGCGUACGGCGGGUGCAUCUACAUCAAAAGUAUUGGCGAGCGUGGCGAGGUUCGAAUUGGUCUUGUUUCUUCUAAAUCUAGAGUUGCACCCCUGAAAAGCCAAUCAAUUCCAAGGCUUGAGCUCAACGGCGCUCUCUUAACGUCGGAGCUGUUCGAGAUGGUGAAGGGAUCGAUGAGAUUCGAAGGGCAGGUGUAUUUUUGGACGGAUUCCACCUGCGUUUGGCGUUGGUUGCAAGCUGUUCCAUCUACUUGGUCAACAUACGUAGCGAACCGGGUCAGCAAGAUUCAGAAUCUUACCGACGGAUACACUUGGAGGCACGUCCCUGGAAUCGACAACCCUGCGGACCUUAUUUCCCGUGGGAUUUCGCCGGAAGAAAUUGGAAAUAAUCGAUUGUGGUGGCAGGGACCUACUUGGCUGCAAUUCGAAGAACCCAAAUGGCCGGAUUGCUUCGAGCAUUGUAACGACGAAACGGGAGAAGAAGAAAGGCGCAAGACGAAGGUGGUGGCGGUUGGAGUUUCCAAAAACACGGAAUUCAAUGCGUGGUUUUUGGAACGAUAUUCAAACUACAACGUGCUGAUUCGGCACACGGCAUAUUUGUUACGGUUUCGGAUGUUUCUGCUCCUACGGAAAGCAGUUAAAUUUGAAUGUUUUCUCUCGACAGCUGAAUUAUUUGAAGCAGAAAGCGCAGUCGCUCGUUGCGUUCAAUUAGAAUGUUUUCCGGAUGAAAUCCAGGCACUUUCAAAAGGAGAAAAUGUGCCCAGAAGAUCACCGUUGAGAUGGUUCAACCCCUUCCUGGACCAAAAUGGAAUCAUCAGAGUCGGAGGACGGAUUAGGAACUCAGCUGAGCACUGGAAUACCAAACACCCAAUUGUCCUUCCGGCGCGUCAUCAUUUGACGAAACUUAUUCUGGAGUAUUAUCACCGUCGUUUGCUGCACGCUGGGUUGCAACUUCUUCUAGCUACAGUUCGCCUUCGAUUUUGGCCCCUUGGUGGUAGAAAUUUGGCCAGACAUAUCAUCCACAAAUGCACUACUUGUUUUAGAGUUCGACCAACACCUGUCCAACAGUUUAUGGGGGAUCUCCCGGCGGAUCGAAUAAAGAUAGCUAGACCAUUCAAGAAAGUGGGGGUGGAUUACUUCGGUCCCGUUUACCUUCGCCCUGUCCCACGUCGUGCCGCGGUUAAGGGCUAUGUCGCGGUUUUUAUUUGCCUGUGCACAAAAGCCGUACACCUGGAGUUAGUCUCCGAUCUCUCGACGGAACGGUUUCUUCAGGCAUUUCAUCGAUUUGUUGCCAGGCGAGGGAGAUGCAGUGACGUUUACUCCGACAACGGUACCAAUUUCGUCGGCGCGCGGAAUAAACUGAAGGAAUUGUUCGCGCUACUGAAGGACCAGAAACACCGUGAGGACAUAUCCAGGGAUUGCAGCAGAUCAGGUAUCCAGUGGCACUUCAACCCUCCUGGAGCUCCGCACUUUGGAGGACUGUGGGAGGCAGCGGUGAAGUCGACAAAGAAGCACCUACUACGAACCAUCGGCGAAACACCUGUGUCACCUGAAAACUUUGCGACUUUAUUAACACAAGUGGAAGCAUGCCUAAAUUCUCGUCCAAUCACAGCACUGUCGGACGAUCCAAACGACCUCGAACCGUUAACACCGGCACACUUUAUUAUCGGGGAAUCGUUUGAAGCUAUGCCAGAACCAGACUUCACAGACGUCAAGGACUAUCGGUUGAGCGAGAUGCAGCUGAUGCAAAAAUAUCUCCAAUCAAUUUGGAAAAGAUGGAAAACGGAGUACUUGUGCCAACUCCAAGCACGAUCCAAACGGUGGAAACCCGCUUUGCCAAUCCAGGUUGGCCAGCUGGUUAUAAUCGUGGAGCAGAAUCUUCCACCCUGUCGCUGGAAGAUGGGCCGCAUUGAAGAGGUGCAUCCGGGUACUGACGGAGUCGUUCGGGUGGUAACUCUAAAAACAGUACUCUAA